GUCAAUCACGGCCCCCGGGGAGGCAGCGCGGGUUCCUGAUCCGCCGCCGCUCUCGCUUGAUGGGACGUUUCGUCCGCCUUCCCGCCGUCUGCUCGCUACCCCGCUCGGAAGGCGGCGGCAUGUGGCUAUCCUGAGAAGCGGGAGGGAAGUUUUCUUCAACCAACCUCCCCCUCCCUCCACUUCCCCCCCCCUCCUCCCCUGCCUGUGGCGGCGGCGGCGGGCUUGCGUGAGGAUCGCAGCCGGGAGCCCGCGCCUAGGCCCCGGCCUUGGGGGAAGCCGACUCUGCGUCCUCGGCCACCGCAUGUUAAGGACUCGUCCAACUCACUGGGAAUAAAAACAAGACACACACCUACACGGUGAGAUAAACCGGAAGACCAUGGAGGGACAGCAGAGGAGUGAGGCUUCGGGCUCUUCCCGGAGCAAGGAGAAGUCCAAGGUGAAGAAGAACCUGGAGGAAGGAGAAAAGAAAACCAAGUUUACAUUUAAGAAGCUGAUUCCUGAUGAGCUGGAACGAUUCACCAGCAUACGAAAGAAGGAUAAAGAGAAGCCUAAUGUUCACACAAGACACCCACCAACGCCAAUUUAUGAAACCCAUUCCUCUGCACUGAUGGGACUUGGUGAUAAAGAGGUGCUGGACUUGUUUGAGCAGAUGUUGCUUGACAUGAAUUUGAAUGAAGAAAAACAGCAGCCAUUGAGGAACAAAGAUAUAUCGAUAAAGAGAGAAAUGGUUUCACAGUAUCUUCACACUUCUAAAGCGAGUCAAAAUCAGAAGGAAAGUACAAGAUCAGCAGUGAUGUACAUUCAAGAACUGAAGUCAGGAAUACGAGAACAGCAGCUCCUCAAUUGUUUGGAGUCGUUACGAGUUUCUCUCAGCAAUAACCCAGUCAGUUGGGUGCAGAGCUUUGGUGCAGAAGGAUUAGCUGAACUGUUGGGAAUACUAAAAGGAUUGCAAGAUGAACAACUGGAUACUACAAGUGUGAACUACAAAAUUCAACACGAAAUUAUUCGGUGCUUAAAAGCUUUCAUGAACAACAAACAUGGGAUAAAAAUGAUGUUGGAAUCAGCAGAUGGAGUUCUGUUGUUGGUGAAAGCCGUCGAUCCUGGUGCUCCAGCCAUGAUGAUUGAUGCGGUAAAGCUCCUGUCUGCCAUCUGUAUUCUGCAGGACCCUGAGAACAUGCACGAGAAAGUAUUGGAAGCAUUGACAGAGAGAGCAGAGCAAGAGGACAGCGAACGGUUCAAAGCACUGUUGGAUGGAUUGAAAGCUGAACAAACCAUACCACUGAAGGUGGCGUGCAUGCAGUUCGUUAACGCCCUCAUAAUUCCUGCUGACGAACUUGACUUCAGAAUUCAUUUGCGGAGCGAGUUCAUGCGCUUGGGUCUCAAUCAAAUCUUACCGGAGUUGAGGAAAAUUGAAACCGAGGAACUCAAGGUACAGCUGAAUGUUUUUGAUGAACACGCGGAGGAAGAUUCCGAUGACCUGAAGACUCGUCUGGAGGAUAUUCGGAUAGAAAUGGAAGAUGUGAAUGAAAUCUUCCAGAUGCUCCUGAACACAGUGAAGGACUCCAAAGCAGAGCAAUACUUCCUGUCUAUACUUCAGCAUUUGCUUCUGAUUCGCAAUGAUUACCAAGCCAGGCCACAGUAUUACAAGCUUUUAGAUGAAUGUGUGUCUCAAGUAGUCCUGCAGAAAAAUGGAUCUGAUCCAGACUUCAAGUGCAGAAAAAUUACUAUGGAUGUGGACCAUUUAAUAGACAACAUGAUCGACAAAACCAAAGUGCAGAUCAGCGAAACCAAAGCUGCAGAACUGGAAAAAAAGCUUGAUUUGGAGCUGACCACUCGACAUGAACUUCAGGUGGAAAUUAGGAAGAAAGAGGGUGAUUUUGAAUCAAAGCUCUCAGAACUUCAAACAAAGCUACAGGUUCUGGAAACGGAUAAAACAGAGGUGGAAACUGAUAACAAGAAACUGCUGGCCGAAAUUAAUCAGCUGAAAGAUGAGAAGGCACAAUUAUCUAAGAACCUGGAAGAUGCAAAGACAGAGUUGGCCAACAUUCCGAAAGAAUUGCCAGUUCAAGUUAAUGUCCUGCCGGUGGCACCUCCUUUGCCAGGACAAAAUCCAUCUUCGUCAGCAGGCCAAGUGGGGAUACCACCACCGCCUCCGCUGCCUGGCCAAGUGGGGAUACCACCACCGCCUCCGCUGCCUGGCCAAGUGGGGAUACCACCACCGCCUCCGCUGCCUGGGCAAGUGGGGAUACCACCACCGCCUCCGCUGCCUGGCCAAGUGGGGAUACCACCACCGCCUCCACUACCGGGUCAAGGUGGACCUCCUCCACCACCUCCACUACCGGGUCAAGGUGGACCUCCUCCACCACCUCCACUACCGGGUCAAGGUGGACCUCCUCCACCACCUCCACUACCGGGUCAAGGUGGACCUCCUCCACCGCCUCCACCACCGGGCCAAGGUGGACCUCCUCCACCCCCUCCACCUCUAGGAUUCCCUGGAAUGCCUCCACCACCACCUGGACCAUAUGGCUUUUUUGGUGCUCCAGUUGCCCCAACUUUACCCUUUGGGUUGGAACCUAAGAAGGACUACAAGCCAGAAGUUCAACUCAAAAGGACAAACUGGCCAAAACUUGGGCCUGGAGAUUUGACAGAAAAGUGUUUCUGGGUGAAAGUGAAGGAGGACAAGUAUGGGAGUAAAGAACUGUUUGCGAAACUUACUCUUGCAUUCUCUGCCCAGACUAAGUGUAAGUUGCUGACUGGAUGA